ACAUCUGUACCUGAAGAGACAUCAAAUCAUCUAUUUGCCAGAGGAACCAGAACAAGAAAUACUACUUUUUGCUUGAUGAAGAGACAGAACAGACAGAAAGGAAGAAAAACACACCUACUGAGUCCACGAAAGAGGAAGACGAGUCACGCCACAAACCCCCCUCUAGAGUAUCACGUUGGGUGGGUGAUGGAGUCGAGGGACAAGGGGCCAAGACCACCCUCUGUCAGCGGUUCAAACGCUUCACCUUCAGAAGAUGAACCACUCACAGGAAGCAGAAGCAUGCCUCAUUCACUCCCAAGGUUCCAGCAUCCUUCUUAUGAACUGCUGAAGGAAAAUGGCUUCACCCAGCAAGUGUACCACAAGUAUCGUCGAAGGUGCUUAAGUGAGAGAAACCGCUUGGGAAUUGGACAGUCACAGGAAAUGAAUACUCUCUUCCGUUUCUGGUCCUUCUUCCUCAGAGAACACUUCAAUAGGAAAAUGUAUGAGGAAUUUAGACAGCUUGCUUGGGAAGACGCAAAGGAGAAGUACAGGUAUGGGUUAGAGUGUCUGUUCAGGUUUUAUAGUUAUGGACUGGAAAAAAAAUUCAGAGAAGAAAUUUUUAAGGAUUUUCAAGAAGAAACCAAAAAAGACUACGAAUCUGGCCAGCUAUAUGGACUGGAAAAAUUUUGGGCCUAUCUGAAAUAUUCUCAGUCUCAGACCCAGUCUGUCGACCCGAAACUUCAGGAAUACCUCUGCAGUUUUAAGAAGUUAGAAGACUUCCGUGUUGAUCCCCUUGCUAGCGAGGGAAUUUGGAAGAAAAAGACAUUCAUCUACGUCUGGGGAGAAGAGUAGUCACCAUACACUUCCAUCUCUCCCUUCGACACCACCACCAGGUGCUGCUGAGCCUGCAUCUGCUGGGGAACUGCUGCCUCACUGUGCAUAUCAGGGGAGAAAGCCACAGGAGCCUGGGGAAAAGCCCACAGUGACCAUGCUGCCUUGACCGCCAGGGCUGAAAUACCAGGGAAGUAGAUGCUCACACAGACACCAUGUGUUCUUGAAAUCAACGUUGGCUUCAAUGUGUUUGUGGGUAGAUCUUCUUGAUGUUUAAUUGUGAUAAUCAGAAAAACAAAAAGGAAGAAAAAUUGUAGCCUUUUUUUCUAGCAAGAUGAAUUCCACAUGUUUUCCCUGAUUUUUACAAACAAGGUCUGCUUUGCCCUCAGGUUUUCAUUUACUGUUUACAAGAACAAAAUGUCUUUAUGACAUCUAAACACACACACACACACACACACACACACACACACACGGUCUCUGGCGUUUCAGCUCAUCCCUCUCACAGGGACAAACAAUGUGUAUUAUAUUCAUCUCCUCUGUUAAACUCUCAGAGUCUGUUGUCUCCCUGUCGAUCCAUGUUUGAACAUGUCAAAAAGAAAGGGAGGAUAUGUAUGCAGGCUUUAAAUUCAGAAAUGGAUAUGAAACAUACAUUUAUUUUAUUCUUGUAUAUGCAUAAUUCAAAGGAAAGUUUUUUUCCCUUUCUCUCUCUCUGUCUCUCUGUCUCUCUGUCUCUCUUUCUCUCUCUCUCUU